AUGUCGAAGCGAGUUUGUGUGAUCGGAGCGGGUGCAGCCGGACUUGCCGCUGCCAAGCAUUCGAUUAGUCAAGGAUUGGAAGUGAGUCUGCAAGUUUUUACUUUUACAAGUACAAUAAUUUCUGUUUCAGGUUGAAAUAUUCGAGCAAACGGGUCGUGUUGGAGGGACAUGGGUCUAUUCAGAGCACACAGGGUGUCAUUCGAGCAUGUACCAAGAUCUGAAGUGAGCGAUUUUGCAGAAGCACACAAAGAGAUCGAUUGAUUCAGAACAAACCUGCCGAAAGAAGUGAUGCAGUUCAAAGACGUGCCCUUCCGGGACGAUCUUCCGUCUUUCCUGUCCCACGGCGACGUACUCGAGUACCUCGAAGAGUUCUCUCGCGGAUUGCCAAUUCAUUUCAACGAGACAGUCGAAAGUGUAGAUCGGAGUGAUGACAAGUGGAAGGUGAGCAACGGAAGAGAAGGGCGCGGCCGAAAUGUUCAUCGAAAUAGGUCACAAUUCAUCAUGGAACAGGCAUCACUGAACACCUCUUCGACAUUGUUUUUGUGUGUAAUGGACACUAUUUCCAGCCGAACAAUCCAUACGAAAACAAUGAAUUUGAAGGUAGGGCAUGAAAUAGAACAUGUUCAGGGACUUGCAUUCAGGAUCGCUCCUCCACAGCCAUGACUAUCGACGUGCAAGUGAUUAUGCGGACAAAGAUGUGAUUGUGAUCGGUGCGGGUCCUUCCGGAAUCGACAUUGCUCUUCAGUUGUCCGAGACGGCCAAGAAGAUCACUCUGAUCAGUCGGAAGGCCACGUAUCCGACGCUCCCGAGCAACAUCUUCCAAAUGAGUCAGCACGUGAAACGGGUGACUGCGGAAGGAUGCGAGACGGACGACGGGACUCUCGUAACUGCCGACUCAAUCAUUGUAUGCACCGGGUAUUUCUACAAGUACCCGUUUCUCAGUGACAAAAUCCUCCGCGUCAAAGAGAAUAAUCAGUUGGUGUCGCCAAUUUUCGAGCACGUCGUUCAUGCCGAUUAUCCGGAUAGUUUGUAUUUCAUUGGUACGUGAAUGCUUUCCGCCCUAGUUCUCACAUUCAAAUGUUCUUUCAGGGCUCAACCUAGUCACGAUCACAUUCCCUCUUUUCGAGUAUCAGGCUAAAUUGGCGCUCUCCUUCGCAACGGGACGCGCGCCCAUUCCGGAUCGACAAACUUUGAUUGAUUUUGAAGCGAAUCAGAUAGAGUAAGUCCCUCGAAUCCGUUGAGUUUCUCCAAUUCACGAUUACCUCAGGCAUCAAAAGUCGCGUGGUCUCGAAGUCCGAUUCUACCAUCUUCUGCAGAAUGAGCAGUGGGAGUAUCUGAGGAGAAUCGCAAAGUUAGGACGAAACGAAGAGUGGCCGUACAUGAAAACGAUUGAGAAGAUAACGACAUAUCUGCAAGAGCUGAGGAAGAUCAACGUGAUCGGGUACAAGAAUAUCAAUUUUGAACUGACCGAAGACGGAAUGGAAUAUCGAGUUGUCAAGUUUUGA